AUGUCAGCUAUCAACAUGAUUUUCAAGAGGAACUUGGCCUCGCUGAGCAAGGUCAAAGUUAAAACGCCGAUUGUGGAGCUGGAUGGAGACGAAAUGACCCGCAUCAUCUGGGACCGCAUAAAGAACCGGCUGGUGCUGCCCUACGUGGACGUGGACCUCAAAUACUACGAUCUGUCGGUCACCAACCGGGACAAGACGGACGACAUCGUGACGCACGAGGCGGCGCAUGCCAUCGCUAAGUACGGAGUGGGUGUGAAGUGCGCUACCAUCACUCCCGACGAGCAGCGUGUGGAAGAGUUCAAGCUGAAGAAGAUGUGGAGGUCGCCCAACGGUACUAUCCGCAACAUCCUGGGCGGCACGGUCUUCCGGGAGCCCAUCGUUAUCCCCAGGAUCCCGCGGCUGGUGCCCGGCUGGGAGAAACCGAUCAUCAUCGGUCGUCACGCCCAUGGCGACCAAUACAAGGCCACUGACGCCGUGAUCGAGAAACCCGGUGUGUUGGAGCUUGUGCACAAGCCAGCGGACGGGUCUGCGCCCCAGGUGAUGCAGGUUUAUGACUACAAGGCCGGCGGCGUGGCCUUGGCCAUGUACAACACCGACGAAUCCAUCCGCGGAUUUGCACACGCGUCGUUCAAACUGGCAAUCUCCAAAAAGCUCAAUUUGUUCUUGUCGACCAAGAACACCAUUUUGAAGCAGUACGACGGUCGUUUCAAGGACAUCUUUGCCGAGAUCUACGAAGCGCACUAUAAAUCUGAGUUUGAGAGCGCGGGCAUUUACUACGAACACCGUUUGAUCGACGACAUGGUCGCUCAAAUGAUCAAAUCCAAGGGCGGUUUCAUCAUGGCUCUCAAGAACUACGAUGGGGACGUCCAAUCCGACAUCGUAGCUCAAGGUUUCGGCUCGCUUGGCUUGAUGACCUCGAUCCUCGUCACUCCUGACGGCAAGACUUUCGAGAGUGAAGCUGCCCAUGGCACUGUCACUAGACAUUUUAGACAACACCAACAGGGUAAAGAGACUUCCACCAACUCCAUUGCGUCCAUUUUUGCUUGGUCUCGCGGCUUAGCAAAGCGCGGUGAGCUGGACAACACACCAGAGGUAACUAACUUCGCCCACAAGUUGGAGGAGGCCACCUUGAAGACUGUGCAAGAAGAUGGGAUCAUGACUAAAGACCUGGCCAUUGCUUGCGGCAAUAGCGAGCGUUCCGCGUACGUAACCACUGACGAGUUUUUGGAGGCCGUGGAAAAGAGACUCAAGAAGGAGAUCGAGUCGUCAGCAUAG